AUGAAAUUCUUCAUCGUCUUGCUUGGUUUCGCGGCGGUUGCCUACGGUCAAACCAACGUGCACAGAUGUGUUGGCACCGCCGGUCCUCUGCCCACGAGAACUACCAUCGAGGGCUGUACCAACCCGCCCUGUGACCUGCCACAGCUGAGAAAUGCUGUUAUACAUAUGUCAUUCACAGCUCCUCGCAACAUUAGGACGAUGCGUACCCUAGCCACGGCGUUCUUGGGCGCCGUCCCUGUCCCAUACAACCUCGGCGAUGCCGCGAACACCUGCAACUUCCUCACCAACACUCGCUGUCCAGUCAACAAUGGCGUCAACGUCGACUACACACUCAGGAUGUUCAUCGAGUCUUUCUUCCCAGUCGGUACGGCUGUCACCGUAGAGAUGCGCGUAGUGGAUGAAAACAACAACUCAGUGGUCUGCGUGCGCGUGCCCAUUCGCAUCUGGCUGGCUUGUACGGCUGCAAAUCCGGAGGUCCUGGGUUCGAGUCCCGGUCGGGCCAAGUUUAGUUACAAUCUUUCUGAUAAGAAAGUCUCAGUAAUAGCAGAGAGUUGGGAAGUUGGCAAUGUUCCACCUUCAUACCUUGCACGUAAAGCUAUCGGUCUUGCGCCUUUCGAGAAUGGCAAUUCACGUCGAAUUGUCGUCCCACCGGAUUUUAUGAGUGACGGGAAUAGAAAG